UUCGUGUUUAGGUGUCUGUUAAGUCCGUUGCACAUGGUUCUACAUGUAGACUACAAACACGUGUAUUUGAUGAAGUAGCUUUAGCAUUAGUGUUUGUGUUUUAGUCAAAUUAAACACAAGUUAACAAGUUAACAAGGUUCUACGUGAGCUUUGUUUUUGAUGCAUUAGCAUAUAGCUUUAAUGUCUGUGUUUUAGUCAACUGUAUAAGUUAACAGGGUUCUACAUGAGCUUUGUGUUUGACGCUUUAGCAUAUAGCAUUAGUGUUUGUGUUUUAGUCCAUUAUGCAAAUUGUUAACAAGGUUCUACAUAAGGACUACAAAUACUAUGAGGAUGCAAGUUGAUGUGCUUGGUGAAGUAGCAUUAGCAUAGUAGCAACCAUUUGUGUUUUGUUCAACUGUGCAUGCGAACACUGUUUUAGAGAAGUACUACAAGUACCACAAGGACUUGACUUUAUGUGCUUGAUUAAUUAGAAAACCAUUGUAGUCUUUAUAUAGAAGCUUUCUAGCAGCUUUUCUAAAAAUUAUAUAUGCAACACAUGGAGAACUGGUUUUCCAUUAGCUUUCCAAAUUAACAUCAUGAUGAGUUCUAUUUCAAAAUACUUUUUUAUUUGUAUUUUAGUUAUUAUAGAGGAGACACAUUCAUGUUUGAUCAUUGAAAACCCGAAUUUACAUUCUGAAACCGUUUCCUACAGGAUUUUAACAGUGUUUCACAACAGCUUCUUUCUACGCCACUUCUCUUCUGACUCAAACUCAGUGUGCACAUGUCAAACAUUGUUUGUUUUGUUUAGCACAGUGGGGAAGCCAACCCUGUGCUUCUGGUGUCAUUAGCUGAACUUGAUAAGCUGACCAAAAAAGCUAAAGCUUCCCUCUGGAGGCAGUCUGAGAGGAUGACACAGCUGCAGGUUGGCGUUGAUUGUCUGUGGGGUGGGAUGUGUUAAGGUAUGGGCUAUUCGUGUUCAUUCACAAUGUAAAUAUCAGGCAGAUGUAUGAAGAGUGAGUCAUGUAGACAUUUUAAGGGUUGAGGUGACUCAUGUCCACCCACAGUCAAUCUUGCAUAACACCCAAAACAUCACUGACGAACAAGAACUCAGGUAGACCUGCUGUUUCUUUAAAACACCACAAUGAAGAUGCAACAAACAAGUUACUGGAAUGUAUUUAAACCCUUAUACUGUUAUUUAUUUUUAUUUUUUUGUUAGUUUGUUUUAAGUUUUAUAUAUUUAUAUUUCAAUAAAAGUUUAUAUUUCAAUGAAGGACUUUAGUCAAGUGGUGUAACCCUUUUUUUUGUUGUAAAUAUUAAGGUCAUACAUGCAUAUAUAUAUAUAUAUAUCUUGUUUCUCAUUUUCCUCUUGACAAUACUUCUUAUAUUCUCUCUGAGGUUCAAGUCUGGUUAGUUUGCUGGCCAGUGCUUUUGGCAGUGUGGGCAGGUGCCAAAUUCUGCUGGAAAAUGAAAUCAGCAUCUCCAAAAAGCUGGUCAGCAGAAGGAAGCACGAAGUGCUCCAAGAUCUCUUGGUAAACGGGUGCUGUGACUUUGGUUUUCAAAAAACACAAUGGACCAACACCAGCAGAUGACAUUGCACCCCAAAUCAUCACAGACUGUGGAAACUUAACACUGGACUUCAAGCAACUUGGGCUAUGAGCUUCUCCACCCUUCCUCCAGACUCUAGGACCUUGGUUUACAAAUGAAAUACAAAACUUGCUCUCAUCUGAAAAGAGGACUUUGGACCAAUGGCAACAGUCCAGUUCUUCUUCUCCUUAGCCCAGUGCUCAUGGUGGAGUGGGUCAGAACCUGCUGCUGAGUCCUGCCAGUCUUCAGCUUGCGCAGCUUCAGGCCCAGCUUACCCUACACCGCCUCAAACUCGCCCAGACCAGCAAUACUGCCACUGCAGCCACUGUCCUAAAUCAGGUUCUUUCCAAUGUGGCCAUGUCCCAGCCACUCUUUAACCAUCUACGGGGUUCCAGCAUGGCCCAAGCCCACAGUGGAGCCUUUCCACCACCACCCAUAGCCUUCCCACCACAAAAUGCUUCACUGGGACAAUUAGUUGGUGGUGGCUUUGCCCCAAGUCCCACGGGAAUUAGGCCCACCAACUACAGUGGGGUGUCCAAUCAGAAAGCUGGUCAGCACAACGAUUUCACCAAAAAGGCUGGAAAAUUUUCGAUGGACACGGACCGUCGCUUGCAGUUUGGAUAUCUGGGAGGGGCUUCAGUGGUUACUAGUAAAUCAUGUGAUGGGAGACAGUAUGGUGGAGCCACACAACCCGGAAGCAAUGUCCACAGCAAUUUUUACUCCUCAGAAACACCAGUACAACAAACUUGUUUCAUGGGAGGAAGCAAUGAUCAGAAUCUUGGAUCAGCCUCUAAGGAUCAAUGGAAAGGUCCGAUCAACUUGGGGAAGAUGGAUUUGGGUACAGGAACAGGUUCUGGUGGUUGGGUACCACCUGGACCAGGGUUCGUGGGUCAGAGAGCGGAGUUGUAUAACCCAGAGGAACCAACAGCAGAUCUUAAAUUCAACUCAACAUGUGGCCCAAGGAUUGGGCCACCCCUUGGGCAGCAAGGGGGAUUUCAACAGCAGCCACAGGUUUCCCAGAGUGAGGAAAGGGUGACCUUGCAAUUGCAACCCCACCAGUUCAAUGACUACAAUGGGAAAACACCUUCACACCUACCCCAUCAGUGCACCAUUUGUGAGAAGAAGGUUUACAACCUAAAGGACUGGGACCAGCAUGUGAAGGGCAAGUUACAUCUACAGAACUGUUCACUCUACACCGAAAGUCCAACGCUCGGAGCAGUGCACUUUCCAGUAUCAUCUGAAGGAUGUCUCAACAUGGUAUUGAGUAACACUAUGGCAUACACGUCGGCUGCCAGUCAAGAUGUUUCAACUGGAAGUGCUUCGUAUUUGCCUGCCACAGCCAUGAAGUCAUUUCCUCUCACAGGGGCGGGAUUUACUUCGCACCAAGCAGGGUUUCUUCAGCGUAAAGCGUGUCCCGGACGAGUUGUGCACAUCUGUAACCUCCCGGAGGGCAGCUGCACAGAGAAUGAUGUCAUCAACUUGGGACUUCCCUUCGGCAAAGUGACCAACUACAUCCUCAUGCGCACAACGCAUCAGGCUUUUCUGGAAAUGGCAUACGUGGAGGCGGCGCAGGCGAUGGUGCAGUACUACCAGCUGCAGCCGGCUACCAUCAACGGACACAAGCUACUGAUCCGCAUGUCCAAGAGAUACCAGGAGCUGCAGCUGAAGAAACCAGGUAAAGAUGUUGACUCUAUAAUCCAAGACAUCACUUGCCAGAGAGAGCGAGACGAGAUGCAGGAGAUCGACAGGUACCUGCCGGAGCGUGCCAGAUCACGCAGUCCAGUCAGUCGUUCUCUGAGUCCGCGCUCACACAGUCCCAGCUUCACUUCCUGUAGCUCCGCCCACAGUCCACCGGGGCCGUCCUGCCGGCCUGACUGGAGCAAUGGCAUGGGUCCCCGCCGGGCCUCUUGGGACUGGACAUCUCAUUCCCGAUGCGACGAAGACCCCCGCGAGAGAGACGACUGGAGGAAUGACGAGGAAGAAAGACACAAUGGAUGGCUCUCUGAGCGCAGGAAAGCCUACCUUAAAACCGGGGACCGGAUCAGCCCACGUAUGGGCCCCGGGGACGAGCGGGGCAGGGACUGGUACCCCCGCGGAAGCCCCCAGGGUUCAUCCUUCUCCUCCUACCACUCCAAAGAUGAUUUUUACAAGAAAGACUCACUGUACAAAACUGAUAAACUGAGCAGGCCGCAACAUCAGAGACAUGAAGGGAAAACGAAGAGAAGGGAAGGCAGCGACUACCACAGACCCAGACGCUCAGAGUCAGACGUGACGGAUGACACACACUCCAACCGGACAACUGAAGACAGAGGACGGAGCAAGAGGCCGAGCCGAAGACAAGAUCAAGAGGAGAAAGAGUCCGAAAAUCAGAAGGAAGAAUAUAGAGCCAAAGAAAGAUCAGCAUCUCCCAAUAACAGCAAACCUGCACAGUCUUCACAGUGUGACAGAGAGGGACUGGAAAGUGUAGAUGAUGGAGAAGAGGAGAGCUGGUAUCCUAAAAGCAUGGAGGAACUGGUGACCGUAGAUGAAGUCGGAGAAGAGGACGACUCUAUAGUUGAACCUGAUCUACCUGAUCUUCACGAGGAGGACCAGAGAGUCGAGCCCAGCCAGUCGACAGCAGAGAGCCCUAAACCAAUCGCAAAGACCCCCACAGAAGGUGAGGAGAGCACGGUGGACCCUCUGUCGCUUCCACUGCUGGAUUUGGUUUCAGCAGAAAGCUCUGGAGGUGCUCAGUCCAAGCCUGGAGAGACGCCCCUGAGACCAUCUGCCCCAGAACAACCGGUCUGUCAACUCAUCCUCUUCCCGUCCCAGGAGUUCAAGAGCGCUUUGGAGGAGGCCUGCUCCACCACUCAUAUGGAUACACACAUCGACACAACCACGCCAGCUGGUCCUCUAAACAACAGCAGCACAUGUGAAAAUGGGAAAGUGAAUGACUUGAGUAAUGAUGAGAGAAAGACGGCAGAGAUGGACGACAAGGAACCAUGUCUCAAAGUUGACAGUCAGAAGAAAGAUAUUCCUGAAUCAUUACGUGCCCCUUCACCUCUGGUGACAGACAUCUUUACUGCGUCACCCUCUCAGGAGCAGGAGAAAGCCAUCAGUGAACACAGCAUACCGUUAGGUGUGGAGUUCAUCGUGCCAAGGACAGGAUUUUAUUGCAACCUGUGUGGUUUGUUUUACACCAGUGAACAAGCCGCCAAGACGUCACACUGUCGGAGUACAAUUCACUACAGGAACCUACAGAAGUAUCUGUCAAAGCUGGCGGAGGAAAGUCUCUUAAAUUUCCACACACAGUCGCCAAACACUGAAUGAAGCUCACGUGAGACUAUCAGGACUGCACCACUGCUGGGACAUGGACACAAGAAGAACUGCAAUUGGGUUAUUUGUGUACUCGGGUUCAUAGCAAUACAAACUGUAUGAAAGUUUUCAGGGAUUAAAAAAAUGGCACAUUAAAUAUCUUAGCUUUUAAAGGAAUAGUUCACUGAAAAAUGUAAAUUUCAAACACUUUUUUGCUGUUAUUUUUCUGUACAGUGGAAUUGAGGGUUGGCUGUUGCUCCAAAAUUUUAAUUUAAAUCAUAAAAGUAGUCCAUGUGACAUGUGCAACAAUAUUCCACGUUUUAUUUUUGAAGCCAUAGCGUUAGAAACAAACUGAAAAUUAUAAUAUAUAAUAUAAAUAUAUAGCCCUAGUCCCCCAUUCACUUUCAUUGUAUGGAAAAGAGCAGCAGGAACGUUCUGUAAAAUAUCUUCAGUUGUGUUCCACUGGAAAAACAUAAGUCUCUCAUACAGGUUUGAAACAUGAGGAACAGUAAAUGAUGACAGUUUUCAGUUUUCUGUGAACUCUAAUGCGGUGUGUGUGUCUUCUGUAGUCCAGCAUUGACUUUUUCUUACACUGUGAAAUAUAUGCAUCAGAAUGUGAAAUGCACUGGUAAGUGUUGUGUUUACAUCAUCUGCAUCUUCCUAGUUCAUACUCCAAAGCUUGCAUAUGUGUUGGUUUUUCCAAGCGGUGGACAAAUAUGAACUCCACUGCAGAAGUGCCUAAUUUAAAUUUCUAUUUUAAUUUAAAGAGGUGUAAAAUGAUCCUCAGGUCAAUACUUGUGAAUAUUCUGUUGAUGCUUUUUAAAUUAUUAUUAUUCUGUUUCAGUCUGAAUUGCAUUUUCUGUGGUUAUAUUUGUCAGUCUAAUGCUUGAAAUAUUAACUUUUCAAAGUGCCUUGUAAUGCAUUAAAAGCCCCAGAUGCUUAAUAAUCAGCUGAACACCAGGGAACGCUGCUUCUGUAUAAUGUCUGUCAUACUAUUUUGUUUUUCAUCAUUGCUGUACACAGAGCUCAGACUUUUGGGAUACUUGAACUGGACCAUGUUUAUUUAACUCAUAUCAAAUUUAUAAAAAGCUGAGUUGUUAUAAUGCUAGUAUAUAAGCAGAAUGGUUCUGGAAAACUUUGUUUUAUAUUCUGUUAAUAAUAGCACAGCAUUUUAUGGAAGAAAAUUGUAUAGCACUGAUGCAAAUGUUAAAUAAACAUUUUGGAAAAUAA